AUGAACGUUCGCGUGUGUAAAUGCAGAUUUAAAAUAAAAAUCGUGAUGGUCGGCGCGAUGGCGACGAUGCUGCUCGUAUCGGUUCUGAGUUUCUUUGCUGCACCGUCCGAUUCGAUUUAUAUUGUCGAGCCCGGACCGAAGUUCCCGCCGACGCGAGGCGAGGUCUGGCCGAAGCCGCAACAGGAAAAGAAAAGCGAUUAUUUUUAUUUAUUUCGCCCGGACGUCAUUCAAAUAGAGAUUGUAAACAAAAAGUGCAAUCUACUGAAUGAAACGAUAGAACGAUAUGCGGAAAUCUGGCAGCGCCAAUAUAUGAUCGUAAAACGAUACAACAACAUUUCGACUCAUGUAGAAUCGCACGACAGCGAGAAGUAUUUAGGUGUACUGAAAAGGCUUACAAUUAACAUGUCCGCUCCUUGUGAAUAUUAUCCACAUUUUGACAUGGACGAGAGCUAUAAUCUGACAGUUGGUGCAAACUCACAGAUGACAAGUUUAUCUGUUUGGGGCAUGAUGCGAGCAUUUGAGUCCUGGACGCAUCUUUUGUAUUUCACGGAUGAUUCAAAGGAAAUCAGGAUUAACAAAACGGAGAUCCAUGAUUUCCCGCAGUACAAGCAUCGAGGACUCCUGCUGGACACCGGAAGGCAUUACCUGUCGUUGAAUACAAUUCAGAAAACCUUGGACGCGAUGAGCAUCAACAAAAUGAACGUGCUACACUGGCACAUAGUUGACGAUCAAAGCUUUCCUUAUAAGAGUGAAAUUUUACCAAGUUUGAGCGAAAAGGGCGCUUUCCAUCCAUCAAUGGUGUACACGAAGAAGGAUAUUAAAAUGAUAAUAAACUACGCGAGAGAUCGUGCUAUCCGUGUAAUACCAGAAAUUGAUGUGCCCGGUCACACUAGAUCCUGGGGUGCUGCAUAUCCCAUGCUGCUGACGAAAUGCUACGAGAAAAAUAAAGUCAUAGCCUACGGUCCUUUGAAUCCGAUAAGGAGCACCACAUACAAAAUCCUCGGAGAAUUAAUCCAGGAGGUCCAGGAUCUGUUUCCUGAUCGAUAUUACCACGUUGGAGGCGAUGAAGUGGAUUUAAGCUGCUGGCAAUCGAACCCCGAACUGAAGGAGUAUAUGAAACAACACAAUUUGACCGCUAACGGUGUCCACGCUAUGUUCAUGAAAGAGGUUAUUGGCCGAGUGAAGAAAACUACAGUUCCAAUAGUUUGGCAAGAAGUGUACGAUGAAAAAGUGCCCAUUUCUAAGGACACUCUCAUACAAGUUUGGAAGUACAAAUGGGUUGAUGAAAUGAUAAAGAUUCUAAAUUCGGGUCACAAAGUCGUUUUUUCAUCGUCAUGGUAUUUGGACUAUUUGAACUUCAAUUGGAACUCGUUUUAUGGUGACGACCCUCGGCUUAUGGUCUACCAGAAGAAGAAGAACGCUCGUCUGGAGAACAUCGUUGGCGGUGAAGCUUGUAUGUGGGGCGAGAUGGCGGACGAUACGAACGUAAUUAGCAGGACUUGGCCGCGAACUAGUGCUGUAGCUGAACGAUUGUGGUCAGGACUCGAUUACAAACACCCGCCAAAAGAUCCUGUCACUACUCACGUACGACAACGUAUCGAGGAACACACUUGCCGGAUGCUACGACGUGGUAUAGCCGCUGAACCUCCCAACGGACCGGGAUUCUGUGUUAACAUUUAAAAAAGAAACUAUAUUUUAAGUUUAAUACGUAAUUUUUUUAUAGUAUUUGUAAUUUUGUAUAAAGAGUUUAAUUUAUAAUUCAAUGAAGUCUAAGCUAAUACCAUAU